AUGGGGAUGAGAGUGCUUACUUUGCAUGCAUGUGUUCCUAAGAUUUGCAUAAUCAAUACCAGCGCGUCCUCCUCCUCCUUUCUCUCUCUCUCUCUUCCCCCUCUCAUCGCUCAUUCUUUCUCUCUCUCUCUCUCUCUCUUCCCCCUCUCAUCGCUCAUUCUCUUAGGGUUACAGAGGGGGCGCCGGUUUUUUGUUCUGUUAGUCGCAAUCUUUGCAAGUUUCAGUAACAAUAUAGCAAUGGAAGUCACCCAGUUUCUUCUCAAUGCUCAAUCAGUUGAUUCAGCAGUACGAAAACAUGCUGAAGAAACAUUGAAACAGUUUCAGGAACAAAAUCUUCCUGGUUUCCUGUUGUCUCUAUCUGGAGAGCUUGCUAGUGACGACAAGCCAGUUGAUGGUCGUAAGCUAGCAGGUUUAGUACUAAAAAAUGCCUUGGAUGCUAAGGAACAGCAUACAAAAUUUGAGCUUGUGCAGGGAUGGCUCGCACUCGAUGCGGCUGUCAAGAACCAGAUUAAGACAUGUUUGUUACAGACCCUUUCUUCUCCUGUGUCUGAUGCUCAUUCAACUGCUUCACAAGUCAUCGCCAAGGUUGCUGGCAUUGAGCUGCCCCAGAAGCAGUGGCCUGAACUGGUUGGGUCACUCUUGUCGAGCAUUCACCAAGUCCCUGCACAUGUUAAGCAGGCUACUUUGGAGACUCUGGGAUAUUUAUGUGAAGAAGUCUCUCCUGAUGUUUUGGACCAAGAUCAAGUAAAUAAAAUACUUACAGCUGUAGUUCAGGGUAUGAAUGCAGAAGAAGGGAACAAUGAUGUGAAGCUUGCUGCUACCCGAGCAUUGUAUAAUGCUCUUGGGUUUGCUCACGCAAAUUUUAACAAUGACAUGGAGCGUGACUUCAUAAUGAGAGUUGUUUGUGGGGCCACUCUAUCUCCAGAAGUAAAAAUUCGGCAAGCUGCUUUUGAAUGUUUAGUUUCAAUUUCGUCAACUUACUACGACAAGUUAGCUCCAUACAUCCAAGACAUCUUCAAUAUUACAGCAAAGGCUGUUAGAGAAGACGAGGAGCCUGUUGCUCUUCAAGCCAUUGAAUUCUGGAGCUCAAUCUGUGAUGAGGAAAUUGAUAUCUUAGAAGAUUAUGGGAGUGAUUUAACAGGAGAUUCUGAAGUUCCUUGCUAUUAUUUCAUCAAGCAGGCUCUCCCUGCACUUGUCCCUGUGCUAUUGGAGACACUUCUUAAGCAAGAAGAAGAUCAGGAUCAGGAUGAAGGUGCAUGGAAUCUUGCAAUGGCUGGAGGAACUUGCCUUGGUUUGGUUGCCAGAACAGUAGGGGAUGAUAUUGUCCCACUUGUUAUGCCAUUCAUCGAAGAAAACAUUACUAAGCCUGAUUGGAGGCAGAGAGAGGCUGCCACUUAUGCCUUUGGUUCCAUUUUGGAAGGUCCUUCACCCGACAAGUUAACACUCAUUGUCAAUGUUGCUCUGAAUUUCAUGCUUAUUGCAUUGACAAAGGAUCCUUAUAGACAUGUGAAGGACACCACGGCAUGGUCACUGGGAAGGAUAUUCGAGUUCCUUCAUGGUUCAACAGUUGAGACUCCAAUUAUUACUCCAGCAAACUGCCAGCAGAUUGUAACUGUUCUACUUCAGAGUAUGAAGGAUGCUCCAAAUGUUGCUGAAAAAGCCUGCGGUGCUCUUUAUUUUCUUUCCCAAGCUUACGAAGAUGUGGGCAUACCAUCUCCCUUGACACCUUUUUUCCAGGAAAUUGUGCAAUCUCUUCUUACAGUUACACACAGAGAAGAUGCUGGUGAGUCGCGACUUAGGACUGCUUCAUAUGAGACGUUGAACGAAGUUGUUAGAUGUUCAACAGAUGAAACAGCUCCCAUGGUUCUGCAACUUGUUCCCAUCAUUAUGAUGGAGCUCCACCAGACUCUUGAGGCUCAAAAGCUUAAAACUGAUGAGCGAGAGAAGCAGAGUGAGCUGCAAGGUCUUCUGUGUGGAUGCUUACAGGUCAUUAUUCAGAAACUAGGAGCAUCAGAGCCAUCAAAAUAUGUUUUCAUGCAGUAUGCAGAUCAGAUCAUGAAUCUUUUCCUCAGGGUUUUUGCAUGUAGAAGUGCGACUGUGCAUGAGGAAGCCAUGCUUUCUAUUGGAGCCCUUGCCUAUGCAACCGGCCCUGACUUUGCCAAGUACAUGCUUGAAUUUUACAAGUACCUCGAAAUGGGCCUCCAGAACUUUGAGGAAUACCAAGUAUGUGCGGUCACAGUUGGUGUCGUGGGUGAUAUAUGCAGAGCAUUGGAAGAUAAGAUCCUACCUUAUUGUGACGGUAUAAUGACUCAGCUUCUCAAGGAUCUAUCAAGUAACCAGCUGCAUCGAUCUGUGAAACCUCCAAUCUUUUCAUGUUUUGGUGACAUAGCCUUGGCUAUAGGAGAGAAUUUUGAGAAGUACUUGAUGUAUGCCAUGCCUAUGCUUCAGAGUGCUGCAGAGCUGUCCACUCACACAUCUGGUGUUGAUGAUGAGAUGAUAGAGUAUACAAAUCUUCUGAGAAAUGGAAUCUUGGAGGCUUAUUCUGGCAUAUUUCAGGGCUUCAAAAACUCACCUAAAACACAGCUGCUGAUUCCUUAUGCACCUCAUAUCCUGCAAUUUCUUGAUAGCAUUUACGUGGAGAAAGACAUGGAUGAUUUGGUGAUGAAAACAGCUAUUGGGGUUCUGGGAGAUCUAGCAGAUACUCUUGGCAGUAAUGCUGGUUCUUUGAUUCAACAAUCGCUUUCAUGCAAAGACUUUUUGAAUGAAUGCUUGUCAUCAGAUGACCAUAUCAUUAAGGAAUCCGCUGAGUGGGCCCAGAUGGCCAUCAAUCGUGCUAUUUCAGUUUGAGGCUGUGCCACUUGGUACAUACUUUUUCCUUAGAAGUCCUUGCAUGCAUAUGGUUACGUUGAGUAGGUCCAAGAUUGCAUUCAUGCCAAGUCAUUGCCAUUUUCUUGACAACGGAAGGAAUUAACCUUCAAGUUGUCAUUUACUGAUGCACCGCUUCUUGAGUUUGCGAUUUGGGGGGGG